ACACAUGCGAAACUCGCCUUCACCUUUGCGGCCUGCAUCGGGGAAAACAAGUGAGUGUCGCGAAGAUACCGAAUGUGGGGAGCAAUUGAAGCGAUGUGUGCUGCCAACGAAGAGCGGGGGUAAAAAGCGUCGGCUGGAGGUUGAUGCAGCGGCAGGCGAAGUACUCAACCUAGCACGUCAAUCACCAAAGAAGCCAACGCGUUCGCCAAGCCGCUCCGCAACGCCAGAAAACUUUGCCGCGAGGAACGCUGAAAAUCAGCAUCCACAGCUGUCCGAGAGUACCUCCAACCUAUUUGCUGCACUCCAGGGUCCACUCGCACCGUUACUGCUGCAAAAUCAUCUUGGUAUUGCGUCCCCCAGCCUUGGCGCCACUGAGAUCCAGCAAGCUUUCCAGCUGCAGCUGCAAAGUUAUGUUGAGAUGAUGCGCCAGGUAACGCCGGAUAACUUUCAAAAUCCCACUUCAUCACAUUUUCUGCUACAAAACUCGCUGCAAGCAAUGGCGCAGUUUCAAGCAUUGCAACAAUUGAAGCAGCAGCAACAGGAAUCAAAGCACUUUUCCACACCUUUGGCAUCAUCACCACUGCGCAGUCCCUCGCUGAGUCCAGUAUGUCGGCAUAACCACUCCAAAGCCUACAAUCACACGCACGAUGAACAAGAGAGUGGCGAAAAUACUUCACAACAGACCACACCACCCAAUUCGGCCGUCGGUCUGCAAAUGGGCAGCGCCAUUUUAACGCCAAACACACCCGGCAUGUCUUCCAUAUUCCCCACGAAUGCGCUAUCCGCCGCCGCCGCCGCUCGCAGUCUCGACCAAUCGCCCGAAGAGACGACCGACCUCGAAGAAUUGGAGCAGUUUGCCAAAACGUUUAAGCAACGCCGCAUAAAACUCGGCUUCACGCAAGGCGAUGUCGGUUUAGCCAUGGGCAAGCUUUACGGCAAUGAUUUCUCGCAAACCACAAUCUCCCGAUUUGAGGCGCUCAACCUCAGCUUCAAAAACAUGUGUAAGCUGAAACCGCUGCUGCAAAAGUGGCUGGAGGAUGCCGACAAUACAAUCACAAAGACAGGCGGCGUUUUCUCGCUCAGCUCGAUGACCACAACGCUCACCACACCGGAAAAUAUAAUCGGACGCCGUCGCAAGAAACGCACCUCCAUCGAAACGAACGUGCGCAGCUCGCUCGAAAAGGCGUUCAUGGUCAACUGCAAACCCACCUCGGAGGAUAUAAACAAUUUGGCGGAAAGGCUGAAUAUGGACAAGGAAGUGGUGCGCGUGUGGUUCUGCAAUCGGCGGCAGAAGGAGAAACGCAUCAAUCCCGCCAUGGAUCUGGACAGCCCAACGGGUACGCCGCUCAGCAGCCAUAUAUUCGGCUUUCCAGCGCAAGCGCUCAGCAUGUCGAACAGCCACGAGGCCUCUUCGAUGUGUGGCAGCUCUAUCAGCUCGCUAUCGCCGCACUGUAUUAGCGGUAAGCAGGAAUGAUCCAACGAUUACCGAGAUAUGACGCGAAAAAUGUUAUAUCGAGAAAUGCACGCACCCAGCCUGCCGUGUCUACAGCAGCAAUACUCGUCGCUGAAAUAUGCCGACCGUGCAUCACAAGCGCUACACGAAUGCCGGCGCGAGCUGCCCAGGAUUUGGCACUUUUGCGAGAAACCGAUUUGUAAAAUGUCCGCGUUCGAAACGUAUUCGCAUUGCACGGAGCUACUUUAAACAUAUUCAUCUUGAAUGUACGAGUACUUAAGAUAAAUACAUACAUAAGUGUAUAUACAUAUUUUAUAGUAGAAAUUAUGUAAGUAGGUAUUGUAUGCGUAGUAAUGUAUUGUAGCAUUUAAAUAGUUUACAAAAAUAUCUAUCUCAUGACCAUAUCAAUACAGACAACAGACAAAGCCAUAAUCUAAUUAUAAUUAUUUAAAAAAAAUUACAUGCUCCAAAUGUGUAUUUUUAAAUGUGUAUAUGUAUAGUAUUAGUUUAAAUGCAUACAUAUGUAUAACCCCAUGUACUGUAUUUGUAAGCGAAAAUGUAUAAUUUAUGGUCAAAUGUUUGUCUCACACAUAUGGAUACAGACGAACAAAAUUACUUGUUGUAUCUAAUUGAUAUUUUUUCUUAG